AUGUUCGUGAAAGUUGGUAUCACGCUUGGCGUCGGUCGUAGCCAUAAAGUAAUAAAAAAAUUGAAAUACAUUUACUCUAAAAUUAAAACGAUUGCUGAUAGUGAGGGAGAAGUUGAUGGUCAAAAGGUAGAUGAAGUUGGGGAUCAAGAAGUAGGUGAAGUUGGUGGUCAAGUGGUAGAUAAAAUUGGUGGUCAAGGUGUGGAUAAAGUUGGUGGCCAAGAAGUAGAUAAAAUGGUAGGUAACGUUGGUGGUCAAGUCGGUAAUCAGGUGGUAGAUGAAGUUGGUAGUCAUAUAGUAGGUGAAGCCGGUGUUCAAGAGGUAAAUGAAGUUGGGGGUCAAAUGGUAGAUAUUGUCGAUAGUCUGAUGGUAAGUAAAGUUGGUGGUCAAGUAGUAGACGUGAUCAUAAAUGUAACUGUCAAUGGAGAAACAUAUCAUUCGUCUAAUGGACUGCACAGUGGUCACAUUAACAGUGACACUAAAAAAAAGAUAAGAGAUCUUACGAACACCAAUAAAACUCCUAAAGCUAUUUAUAGGUCGCUGUUAAAGGAAACUCCACCAGAAGAAAUUGAAUCCGGUAAACUUUCUUCUUCCUUCGCAACUUAUUUUUAA